GUACGCGGUCAUUUUAUCAAAAUGCUCAUUGUGAUUGGCUUGGGUGCAGGCAAACAGGUGGUACUCCUCGGACGCGCCGGCGGUGGCGGCGGCGGCUGUGGUGGCCUUCCCGUCGCCCGCGUCGUUGGCCUCGGCUGUGGGUGUAGUUGUGUUUGGAUAAAAGCUGGCAUGUGCUCCGGGAUAAAGACCGAGAAGGAACUGGAGGACUACUUCAAGUUUAUGACCGAGCAAUUAAAGGCCACCCUCCCGAUGGUGGACGUGAUGAUCGAGCACGAGUCGCACGCGGGCAUGAAGGCCAAACUGAAAGUGGCCAAAAAGCAUAUCGAGCAAUUGAUCAAGCGCAAAGACGCCCUACGCAAACAGUGCAAGGAUCAUAAAAAAUCGGUGGCCGAGUGCUGCAAACUGGCCGAAGAUAUGCGCACCGAAAUGCAAAUAUAUCAGAUAAAUAGUCAGGCCAUUCCAAAAUAG